AUGAAAGUGUCCAUUCUCCUAGCAGCGGCUACUGCAGCCUCCGCAAUUGCUCUCCCACAACUCCACAGACGUCACGAGGGACAUGAUGAGACAGAAGCCACGGGCAUCACCAACACACCCCACAGUAACGACAAGACAAACAUCAACGAUAUCAACGAUAACAACGAUGCAACCUCGCCAUCAGCACAUAGCCAUAGCAAUACCCACAGCGGCAACUCGACACACGACAAUGAAGACAUGAUGGAACCCAACCCAGCAUCAAUGAACGGAGGCCACCACUCCCACGGCCUGCCCAUUCUGGCGCACCCCGAAAAACUCGAGCCCCAGCAGCUGGCGUACUGGACCGCCUACGACCCCACCAACUUCUUCAACACAGAAACCCCCGGCCAGAGCCUUCUCACCUGGCACAUCCUCAUGGUGGCCACCGCUUGGAUCGGCGUCUAUCCCAUCGCGGUGAUGUUGUCGUCGGCCAAAUCGGGCCUGUACCUCCCGGUCCAGACCGCCCAAGUGGUCAUGGUGGCGCUCGGAGCCAUUUUCCUAGGCAUGUACGGAUCGUCCCCCGAGGUGGAAAAGAUGUACCCCGGCGCCAUCUACGGAAAGUUUACCGUGCUCGUUCUCAUCCUGUCGCUGGUGCACUACCUGGCGGCCCUGCUGACCUCGCUCGCCUACCGAGACACCACACCCAACGAUAGCGACCCCCGCCAGCUGGCCGAGGCGUUCCAGCUGCAGCCCUACCACCGGGUCAGCGACUCCGACUCAGACCACACCCUCAAUGGCACUCCCUCCGCGACCCCCUCCGUUCCCCAGCCCUCCAAGUUCCGAAUCUCCGAAGACGCCGAGGACGAUACCCCCAUGUCUCCCUGCCAGUACUACGGAGACGACGAGUGUGGAGGAGCCGAGGCUGCUUCUUCGUCCUCGAUGCGGCCCCAGCCCUUUGAGCAGAAGAUGGAGGACAAGUGGGUCGCACGGCUGAUGGCCAACUCCCAUGUCAGCAGCACCGUCGACCGGUUCGGAGCCCUGGCCAACUUUGUGCACACCUACCUCCAGGGCAUUAUGCUGCUCGUGGCGUUUGCAUACGUGAUCUGCGGCGUGGUGACUGGCUGUCGCCUAGGCAUGGGCCACAAUGUGUUCAACAUUCUCGCUCACUUUAUCAAGGGCGGUGUCUUCACCGUGCUCGGUCUCUUCACCUUUGCUCGUUACGUCGGCGUCUUCACCGACAAGGGCUGGGCCUGGAACCUGAACCAGGAGCAGGUCAACAGCGUCAAGAUGCUGCAUUCUCGAAGCAGGGCCAACUCGCGCGGUUCUCGACGACGAGCGCGAUCUUCUCCCCCCGCUCCCACCAAGAUGACUGCUCUGUCUGUGGCUCGAACCGCAGUUUCCAAGGUGUUUGGCGUGCUGGCCUUCCUCAAGCCCCAGUCCUUCACGUUUGAGUUUGUCGAGUCCGCGCUCAUUCUCAUUUACGGCGUGCCCAACAUCUUCAUGGAGCACCUCGCUUCUAAGGACGGUCACUGGACGCCCGCAGACCUGCAGCAUGCCUCCAUUGCCUUCAUGUUCAUUGGCGGCGGUCUGUCUGGCGUGCUGCUCGAGUCUGCCCUGGUGCGAAAGCUUCUGAGCUCCAAGACGUACCCCAUGUCCUUUAACCCCUUCCCCGCGCUCACCAUUUUCUGGACCGGCAUUCUCAUGUCCCAGCACGCCCAGGCGCUGCCUCUGUCCACUGCUAUCCACACCCAGUGGGGCUACCUGCUGGCCAUUGGCGCCGUCUUCCGAGGAAUCACCUACUUGCAGUACUUUAUCGUGUACUCGCAGGCUCUGGCUCGACUUGACGGGGGUGCUGAGAUGAAUGUGGACCAGCUGACUCUGCCCAGCCGUCCCUUCACGGAAAUUGUGGCAUCCUUCUGUCUCAUUUCUGGUGGUCUGGUAUUCAUGCAGAGCAACCGAGAGACGGUCGAGGCGUUUGUUUACCGGGGCAUUGACUCCAUGUUCACUCUCAACGUGACUGUGGGCGUCACCUCGUUCAUCAUGGCAUGGGAGCUUGUGGUUCUUGCCAUCAAGGGCUGGGCUUCUCGACGGAAGCGAGUUUAA